AUGUCAUUAUCUGCAUUACUGAAUAACGAUGAUCAGGAUAUCGUCCCACCCAUGAUAUCCUCUAAAGAAAACAAAAUUAAAGAUAAAAAUGAUAUUAGUAUUAUGGCUAAAAAUGAAAUAACGACUAUAAUUAAUCCAAUAGUGAAAAUAGAUCCAAAACAACAAUUUCUUGAUGAAUUAAAUAACCGAUUUACUAAGAUCCAAGAAAGAGAUAUGGUAGAAUUAGAAUAUCAAGAUUGGAAAUUUCUUAAUUUUCAAGAAUUUGAAUUGAUUUCAGAAUGGAAUUAUCAAUCAAAAGUCGAUUGGAAUAUUCAUGAUACUUAUAAUAAUUUUUCAUUUAAACAAUUAUAUGAUUUAAUGACUGAAAAUAAAAUUGAAUGGCAAGAUUAUAUGAAUUAUAAAAAUCAUCGUGCUCAAAUGAUUAAAGACGUAGUAGAUAAAGUGAAAAUUACCAAACAAAAUAUUAGAAGAACUCAAAUUAGUAAUAAUAAGAGAUCAAGAUUGGCUAAUAAUGGUUCAUCAACAAAUUUAUCGAAUGGCAAAGCUAAAAUAAGAAGAUUUGUUCCAUCAACUCCUGUAAAAAUAUUACCUGCAAAGAGCAAGGACGGAAAAUCAAUUAAAAUUGAAACAUUCAAAAAUGAUCUUACUUCAGAUCAAAUAAAUACAGCAGAAUCUAGUACGAUAAUGUCUGGUACAGAUGGCGAAGAUGAGGGCCAGUAUUCUCAUAUUAAUGACAGCAGCAUUCUUGGUCAUGAAGAAGACGAGGAUGAGGAAGAUGAAGACGAAGACGAAGAUGAAGACGAAGACGACGAGGAUGAUGAUCGCGACAAUGAAGGAUUACAUUCUAGACUUGAAGAACAAACCAAUGAAGAUAAUGGAGAAAAUAGUGAUAAAGACUUUGAUCCUAAUACUAAUAAGAAACACAUUAAAUCCGAAUUUCGUACACCAAAGGAUAAAAUUGUCACACUGGAUAGCGAUAGAGCAAAGAUUGUACGUGAAUUAACCAGAAUGUGUAAUAAGAAUAAGAUUCCUAGAGUCAAGAAAAGAAGAUUCACUAAUGCCCUUGUUGUGGAAUAUAAACCUUCCAAGAAAUUGCUAGAGGUUAAAAUUACAUUAAAACAGUAUCAUUCUAAGAGAUUGAAACGUUUACUAAAUGAAGCUAAACGUCAAAGAGAAAAAGAAGCAGAGAUAAAGAGAAAAGCAGAAGAUAUGAAGGCGAGAGCCUUGGCCAAACAAACUGAUAGUAAUAACGGCCAAAAUAGAAAGAGACGGAAAUUGAAUGAUUCUGCUGCCAAGGGUGAAAAUGAUGACGAAGAAUCUGGUGUCGAAGGUUCGACAGAUAAGCCUGCCGUCAUUGAUCAUGGUCUACCGACAUAUGGUAUGACUAUGUCAGCAAAGGAAGCCAGAGCUAUUCAACGACACUAUGAUAAUACAUACAUCACUAUAUGGAAGGAUCUAGCAAGAAAGGAUUCUAAUAAGAUGGUUAGAAUGCUACAACAAAUGCAAUCCAUCAAAGCUACAAAUUUUAAAAAGACAUCGUCUCUAUGUGCAAGAGAAGCAAGAAAAUGGCAAUCCAGGAAUUUUAAACAAUUGAAGGAUUUCCAAACAAGAGCAAGAAGAGGUAUAAGAGAAAUGUCGAAUUUCUGGAAGAAGAAUGAACGUGAUGAACGUGAAAUCAAGAAAAAACAAGAAAAAAUUGCUUUGGAACAAGCUAAGAAGGAGGAAGAUGCAAGAGAAUCAAAGAGACAAACAAAGAAAUUGAAUUUCUUGCUUACUCAAACAGAAUUGUACUCACAUUUCAUAGGAAGAAAAAUCAAAACGGACGAAUAUGAAGGUAAAGAAAAUGGAGGAGAAAAUGUUAAUGACGUUGACCUUGAACAAACAGACUCUACAAAGAAAAACGAUUUUCAUGAGAUCGAUUUUGAUAAUGAAAAUGAUGAGGACUUAAGACUUAAAGCUGCUGAGAAUGCAUCCAAUGUCCUGGCAGAAACGAGAGCAAAAGCAAAGCAAUUUGAUACACAAUCUCAUGGUGAAGAGGAAGAGGAUGAUGAACUGAACUUCCAAAAUCCAACGUCCCUUGGUGAAAUAACUAUUGAGCAACCAAACCUGUUAUCAUGUACAUUGAAAGAAUAUCAAUUAAAGGGUUUGAAUUGGUUGGCUAAUCUAUAUGAUCAAGGUAUCAAUGGUAUAUUAGCUGAUGAAAUGGGUCUCGGUAAAACUGUGCAAUCUAUUUCAGUUCUAGCUCAUCUUGCUGAACGUUACAAUAUUUGGGGUCCUUUCCUAGUCGUAACACCUGCAUCGACAUUGCACAAUUGGGUUAAUGAAAUUGCCAAGUUUGUUCCGGAUUUUAAAAUAUUACCAUAUUGGGGUAAUGCUAACGAUCGUAAAAUCUUGAGAAAGUUCUGGGAUAGAAAAAAUGUAAGAUAUGGGAAAGAUGCUCCAUUCCAUGUAAUGAUCACUUCGUAUCAAAUGGUUGUGUCAGAUGUUUCAUAUCUACAAAAAAUGAAGUGGCAAUAUAUGAUUUUGGAUGAAGCACAAGCUAUCAAAUCAUCACAGUCCUCACGUUGGAAAAACUUAUUGAGUUUCCACUGUCGUAAUAGAUUGUUAUUGACAGGUACUCCUAUUCAAAAUAAUAUGCAAGAAUUGUGGGCUUUGUUACAUUUUAUUAUGCCCUCUCUAUUCGACUCACAUGAUGAAUUUAGUGAAUGGUUUGCUAAGGAUAUCGAAUCCCAUGCAGAAUCCAAUACACAAUUAAACCAACAACAACUGAGACGUCUACAUAUGAUCUUAAAACCAUUUAUGUUGAGACGUAUCAAGAAAAAUGUUCAAUCAGAGCUAGGCGAUAAGAUUGAAAUUGAUGUCUUAUGUGAUUUGACGCAAAGACAAUCAAAGUUGUACAACGUUUUGAGAUCCCAAUUUUCCGGUGGUUAUGAUGCAAUUGAGAAUGCAGCCGGUAAUGAUGAAUUUAAGGGUGAUCAAAACCUUAUCAAUACUGUUAUGCAAUUUAGAAAGGUCUGUAACCACCCAGAUCUUUUUGAAAGAGCAGAUAUCGAAUCCCCAUUUUCAUUUGUUACUUUUGGUAAGUCUAGUUCUAUGUUAAAAUUUGGUGGGAAUAAUGGUAACAAUACCAUCACUAAUAGUGUGAAUAAUAGUAGUGCCAAUAUCGCAGGUAUCAAUUCAGAAAGUAACACUACUCCGCUCGGCUCAAUUAAUGCUAAUAACUACACUAAUUGGGUUGAUGUUAAUUAUUCUUCCCGUAAUCCAAUAGCAUAUCAUCUACCAAGAUUGGUUUAUGAUGACAUAAUAUUACCAAACUAUCAGAAUAACGUUGGUUCUAUAAAGAAACUUCGGGAUUGUACCUUUAGUAUUUUUAAUGCAAACCAAAACCGAUCAUUGUCUGAAUUUUUGGAAAGACUAACAGGUUGUUCUAUGAAUGAAUUAAUUUUGUAUUCGAACAUGGAUAUUCUAAAGCAGGCAAUCAAUUUAAACACUACUAACAUAGAACGUACAAAAAACAAUUUUAUUUCAAGUUUGGUGUUAGACAAUAAGACAGAACGUUUGAUUACAUUAUCAAAUUGUUCAACAGGAGGCGUUUUGGAUUCGUUAAUGAAUGUCAAACAAAAUCUAUUUUUUAGAGAAUACAUGAAUACAUUUCACAGAGCAUACCAUCCAGCAGUAUUAUCUCCACCUGUAAAUAUAAGAGUUCUUGGUUCAAGCAAUUUCUCGGCUAGAAUUGAACGUGAGUUGUUUGAUCCUAUCGUAUCUCAGGCAUUAUCUGACAUACCUACUACUACCCAAUAUAACAUGUUAAUUCAUAAACAUAUUCCAGUAGACAAAUUCCCAAAGACGAAUAUGUAUCCAAAAACAUUAAACAGUACGUUUUCUUCAAAUAUAUCUAUGCCAUCCAUGGACAGAUUUAUUACGGAAUCGGCUAAAUUGAAAAAACUCGACCAAUUGUUAGUUAAACUAAAACAAGAAGGUCACAGAGUAUUAGUUUAUUUCCAAAUGACUAAGAUGAUGGAUUUAAUGGAAGAAUAUUUAACGUACAGACAAUAUACUUAUAUUAGACUAGAUGGUUCAUCCAAAUUGGAAGAUCGUCGUGAUCUGGUACAUGAUUGGCAAACCAAACCGGAAAUAUUUGUUUUCUUGUUAAGUACAAGAGCUGGUGGUUUGGGUAUUAAUUUGACAGCUGCAGAUACUGUUAUAUUCUACGAUUCUGAUUGGAAUCCAACUAUUGAUUCGCAAGCUAUGGAUAGAGCCCAUAGAUUGGGUCAAACAAGACAAGUUACCGUUUAUAGAUUACUUGUCAAAGACACUAUUGAAGAGAGAAUGAGGGAUAGGGCCAAACAGAAGGAACAAGUCCAACAGGUUGUUAUGGAAGGAAAAACUCAAGAACACAAUGUUAAGACAAUUGAAGCUUCUGAUAAAGUUCCUACUUAA